GUGUGUAGUCAGGUAUUUGUGUGUGUAGUAAGGUGUGUGUGUGUGUGUUGUGUGAUCCAGGCCCCCCAGUAUCCAUGGCGAUGUUUUGUCUCCAUGGUAAAAUCUCCUGAGGGCUCCUAUAAGGCCUGGACCCUGUAUAGAACUCUAGUCACCUGUAGAACUUUAGAACUCUAUUUACCUGUAGAACUUUAGAACUCUAUUCACCUGUAGAACUUUAGAACUCUAUUCACCUGUAGAACUUUAGAACUCUUUUCACCUGUAGAACUUUAGAACUCUAUUCACCUGUAGAACUUUAGAACUCUAUUCACCUGUAGAACUCUAUUCACCUGUAGAACUCUAUUCACCUGUAGAACUUUAGAACUCUAGUCAACUGUAGAACUCUUCACCUGUAGAACGAACUGUAGAACUCUAUUCACCUGUAGAACUUUAGAACUCUAUUCACCUGUAGAACUCUAUUCACCUGUAGAACUUUAGAACUCUAUUCACCUGUAGAACUUUAGAACUCUUUUCACCUGUAGAACUCUAUUCACCUGUAGAACUUUAGAACUCUAUUCACCUGUAGAACUGUAGAACUCUAUUCACCUGUACCUGUACCUGUACUGUCCAGAGUGUGCGUGCACAAGUGUGUAAGUGUAUGAGAGCAUACACAAGUUUGUGUGUUUAGGUGUGUGUGUGUUAGUCCGUGGGUGUGUGUGUGUUUUCGUGUGUGAGAGCAUCAUGUCGCGGCCGGACAUGGCGGUAAACAGCGAGGCGGGUGAUUGGCGGCUGAGCGAGGAUGCGGGAGAGAGGGCGUGGCUUCUGCAGAGCCCCAGCGUGGAGACGGGCGUCCCUCCCAGCCAAUCAGCAUCGAGCAGGGGCGGGACCUCGGCCAUAGCUGCAAUUUUUAUCGUCGUCAACGCGGCGUUGGGGGCGGGGCUUCUCAACUUCCCCGCGGCGUUCAACAUGGCAGGAGGAAUCACCGCGGGACUGAUACUACAGAUGGUGAUGCUGGUCUUCAUCAUCAGUGGUCUUGUCAUCCUCGCCUACUGCUCACAGGUGUGUAACGAGGGGACCUAUCAGGAGGUGGUGCGUGCGGUGUGUGGGCGUUUCCUGGGCGUGGUGUGUGAGGUUUCCAUAGCGAUCUACACCUUCGGAACUUGCAUCGCAUUCCUCAUCAUCAUCGGAGACCAGCUGGACAAACUGAUUGGUGCGAUCGCUAAGGAGUCGGAGGCGGUGGUGAAUGCUCAUUGGUUCACGGACAGGAAGUUCACCAUAGCAACCACCUCCAUCCUCAUCAUCCUCCCCUUGUCUAUACCAAAGGAGAUCGGCUUCCAGAAAUACGCCAGCGCCCUGAGUGUGAUUGGCACCUGGUACGUGACCCUCGUCAUCAUCGUCAAGUACAUCUGGCCAGACAAGGAGAUGACACCAGGAUACAUCCCCACCAGCCCUGCGUCAUGGACAGCAGUCUUCAACGCCAUGCCCACCAUCUGCUUUGGAUUCCAGUGCCACAUCUCCAGUGUUCCGGUGUUUAACUGCAUGAGGAGGCGGGACUUGCGGCCGUGGGGGGGCGUGGUCACCGUGGGGAUGAUCAUCUGCCUAUUCGUCUACACCGGAACAGGUGUGUGUGGUUUCCUGUCGUUCGGCUCCAGUGUGGAUCAGGACGUGCUGAUGUCAUAUCCUUCUGAUGACGUGGCGGUCGCCAUAGCGAGGGCCUUCAUCGUCAUCUGUGUCGUCACAUCGUAUCCCAUACUGCACUUCUGCGGACGGGCGGUGCUGGAGGGUCUGUGGCUGCGUUGGCGUGGUGACGAGGUGGAGGUGUGUGUGUAUCGCGAGCGCCGGCGGCGGGUUGCCAUGACGAUCGUCUGGUUCUCCUUGACGCUACUGCUGGCCCUCUUCAUCCCGGAUAUCGGACGCGUUAUAUCCCUUAUAGGGGGCCUGGCGGCAUGCUUCAUAUUCGUAUUCCCAGGUCUGUGUCUGAUCCAAGCCAAGCUCUCUGAAACAGACCACAAAACAGCCAGCUGGAUGGCUAUGGUGGUGUUUGGAGUCGUCAUGGUAACUAUCGGGGGCUUCAUCUUCGGCCAGACCACCACCAACUCCAUCUACCGUGACAUCAUCUACCACUCUGACCAAUAAGGAGCCUCCAUCUGCCGUGACAUCAUCUACCAUUCCGACCAAUAGGAACGAAGAACACUAGACUCACGACCGCCCUGAUUGGUUGAUGAAGGAGGAAUUCACACUAGCACCUCAUUGGUCGACACUCAGCAGAAUGCUCUCUCUCUACACACACACACACACACACACACACACACACACACACACACACACACACACCUCUGCAUGCGGCAUGCUACCCUGUGUGUGUCCAGUGUGUCGUGAAUAAAACACUCAUGAGGAGAACUCGGACGCGUUGGAGAAGGAGGAGGAGGAUGGCAGAGACGCUUUUAAUAACAACAAACUCCUCAACUGGAUUUUAAUGUUUGCUCAAGAUGACUGAAGUCGUUUUAAGAUGUUUUUUUAUUAAUUGCGUUGUUUUGCAUGAAAUUAUCCAAAUGUAGAAUCAUUAAGGACCUUCAAGACUUUUAAAAUGUGACCCCAUCACUUGAGAAGUGACACACACACACACACACACACACACACACACACACACACACACACACACACACACACACACACACACACACACACACACACACACACACACACACACACACUACUGGACUGUCGUCAUAACACUCAUGCGCUCUCACCUUUGACUUCUGCCUGCUUUGUUGGGUGCAUCCCAAUAUGUGUCCUUGCCUCCUCCACUUGUGCUUGUCUCCUCGUCCCGCCUCCUGGCCCCUCCUCCGUGGAGAAAAUGAUAAAGUUUCCCAGCUGUCAGCCUCGCCACAACAACUUUUGAGGGACUGUUUUUCAUUCACCAUCCCAAUUGCAAAUGAGAAAAAGACUUUACAAUUGAGCUUU